AGAGGCGCUUGAGAGUAGACCGCUUGGAGAGUGGGAGCGCAGUCGCAGGUUAUCCAUCGCCUGGUACAAGAUCUACCGUCACUCUGCCACGUCUGGGAUCUUCCUUUAUAUAGACGAGAAACUUAACAAAACCACUUCACUCAACGCGGAUCCAGCGUGUUCUCUUUUUCCUUUUUUGUCCCGUCUCUCUUUUUUUUUUCCAGCCCCCUGAUCAGGCUAAACCAUCCUGUGUUUUGUAAAGGCAAUUGUUAGUGCGCAUCAUCGCGGGAGCCAAAAGGAGAUUUGCCACUGUUCCAUAGGAGACUGCGGGCUGCUGGAGCGUCAUGACAGCUGAGAAGAGCGGGCCCGUUAUAAACGGUAAACCAGAGGAUGGCAGAGACCCGGAAGGGUCCAGCUCCAGCCUAGACAACAGGGAGUACAAUGAGAGGGGCCACUGGAACAACAAGAUCGAGUUUGUCCUGUCUGUGGCUGGAGAGAUCAUCGGGCUGGGCAACGUCUGGAGGUUUCCUUACCUCUGCUACAAGAAUGGAGGAGGUGCGUUCUUCGUUCCAUAUGUCAUCUUCUUCGUGUGCUGCGGUAUCCCCGUGUUUUUCCUGGAGACUGCCCUGGGUCAGUUCACCAGUGAGGGAGGCAUCACCUGCUGGAGGAAAGUCUGCCCGCUGUUUGAGGGUAUUGGCUAUGCAACGCAGGUGAUUGAAGCUCAUCUAAACGUGUACUAUGUAGUGAUCCUUGCUUGGGCCAUCUUCUACCUCUUCAACUGCUUCACCACUGAGCUGCCGUGGGCUGCCUGUGGGCACUACUGGAAUACAGAGAACUGUGUUGACUUCCAUGGAGAAAAUGCCACCAACAUUACAAACCCCAACGCAACUUCUCCAGUCAUUGAGUUCUGGGAACGCAGAGUACUGAAGAUAUCAGAUGGUAUUGAGCACAUGGGGGGAAUGCGCUGGGAGCUGGCCAUGUGUCUGGCCCUGGCCUGGUUCAUCUGCUACUUCUGCAUCUGGAAGGGACCCAAGUCAACUGGCAAGGUUGUGUAUGUGACAGCUACAUUUCCUUACGUCAUGUUGUUGGUCCUGCUGAUCAGAGGAGUGACGCUGCCAGGAGCAUACGAUGGCAUCAAGUUCUACCUCUACCCGGACAUUUCACGUCUCUCUGACCCUCAGGUAUGGGUGGAUGCGGGAACCCAAAUCUUCUUCUCCUAUGCCAUUUGCUUGGGCUGUCUCACUGCUCUGGGAAGUUACAAUGCCUACAACAAUAACUGCUACAGGGACUGCAUCAUGCUGUGUUGUCUGAACAGCGGCACCAGCUUUGUAGCAGGUUUUGCCAUCUUCUCUGUGCUGGGCUUCAUGGCCUUAGAACAAAAUGUUCCCAUUGAGGCUGUGGCAGAAUCUGGGCCUGGUCUUGCAUUCAUUGCAUACCCCAAGGCUGUUACCAUGAUGCCUCUGUCUCCACUUUGGGCCUGUCUCUUCUUCAUGAUGCUCAUCUUCCUUGGUCUGGACAGUCAGUUUGUGUGUGUGGAGAGUUUGGUGACAGCUGUUGUGGACAUGUACCCAGAGACCUUCAGGAGAGGCUACCGCAGAGAGCUGCUGAUUCUGGGCAUGUCUAUAGUCUCCUUCUUCAUAGGACUCAUCAUGUGUACAGAGGGAGGGAUGUACGUCUUCCAGCUGUUUGACGCGUACGCUGCCAGCGGGAUGUGUUUGCUGUUUGUGGCCAUAUUUGAAUCCAUAUGUAUCGGCUGGGUGUACGGUAGUGACAGAUUCUACCUAAAUAUUGAGGACAUGAUUGGCUACAAACCUGUCUUCUUCAUCAAGUGGUGCUGGAUGAUCCUGACCCCGGGCAUCUGCGCUGGAAUUUUCUUGUUCUUCCUGAUUAAAUACAAACCACUGAAGUACAACAACGUGUACACCUACCCUGACUGGGGCUAUGGCAUCGGCUGGUUCAUGGCCAUGUCCUCGAUGGUCUGCAUCCCUCUGGGGAUGAUCUGGAUGAUCUGGAAGACUCCUGGCACCUUCUCUGAGAGAAUUAAGAAGUUGACGACUCCCAGCCCGGACCUGAAAAUGAGAGGGAAACUCUGCGGCGUCAGUCCUUACGCUGCCAACGAUGCAAAACUUAAGGUUGAUGGGAAAAUAUCCACCAUCUCAGAGAAGGAGACGCAUUUCUAACUGACCGCCUGACUGACCGACCACGCUGCCUGCCGUCUUCACAAUAAGUCCAACAAUGAAAACUACAGCAAAUGACAACACCAUCAUUAUCCACCACUACACAAAACAGGAAAUGAAACAAAUGACUCGGAGUGUUAUUUUUGUUAUGUAAAAAAAAGGGAAAAAAAGGAAAAGCUAUCACAUGAUUAUGUAGCCUGUUUUCCACAAACUUUGAUAACACAUUUGUUGUUUUCAGUUAACAUUGUGAGUAAAGCAGCUGUUUCUUUCUUUUCUAACCAUUAAUAUUUAAAAUCUGUUUGCUGACGUACAAUAUAUGGUUAAAACUUGUCCUGGUUCCUUGUCAGUACUGGUAACACUGGUGUCUGGGCCUUUAGAACAAUACCAAUGUGCUGUGUUGUAAAAGGCUUACACUGUUCAUUUAUUGGCAAAGUGCUGUGCCUCUCUAUUAGGUACUAGGUACCCAAAUGUGACUAUCUAAGAUGUAGCAGCUCGGGGACCAGUCUACAUAGUUUUGUGUGUUAAGAGAGGACACUGCAGUAUGUGUUAGUACUGAAGCUAUAAGAGGGCAUACCCUGAAUACUCCUGCAAGUAAAACUUUGAGUUGUAUAUAAAGAGUUUUACCAUUGACAUCUUGGACUUUAUCUGAACCAGCUGUGACUGUGAGGGCUGUGGAACGUUUUUAGGCCUUCAGUAGUUCUUAUUUACUUGAAUUCAAUGUUGUCACUUAGCAACAAAAGCAAAAACUCAGCUUACUGGAUGUAAUUGAAUGAUAUUAUUAGGUUAAUGAUUAUCGUGUUAGGAUAUAUUGGGUCUCUGAGGGCUAUUCUGAUUUCCAUUUCUUUCUAAAUAGAUGUCUCUGGUUUACAGUAGUAUUGAAAGGCAAAUGAAAAGAGGUCCAGAGUGUAAAUACUCUGUAAAACCAUUCCUCUCAGUUUUAGAAAUCUUUAAUUUUACAUCUCUAGUUUUGAGAUACAAAUCUUCACAUGGCUACAAAUAGCAGUGAGUGACUUGCAGGCUGAGUCUAAAAACACACCUCUCUCUCCUCUAGCUGCCCUCCUAUAAGUCGUGGGUAUCUGUCAUUUCACAGCAAUUAUGCUGAGCUUAACAUAGAGUGACAGACAGACGUGCUUCCACCCCUGCAUUUUCUUCCCUCUCUGCCUGUAGAGGAGAAGAUAGACGCCCAUCAGAUGAGCAUUUCAAAACCCCUCUGUCUUCUUAUCCCCCCUCUUUUUAUUUCUUUCCCCUUGUCCCCUUCUCUCUUUCGCUGUCCUUCCUUCUCAUCAUCAACCUCUGCUUGUCCGCCUCUUUCAAUUUUUUCCCCCACUUAUGUCUUUGGCUUCGCUUCAUCACGUGGAGGCCUUGAGCAAUGACAUGGACCUUGUAUGAAACCCUGAUGCUGCUAAAUGCUUUGUACUGAGUCACAGACCUAUGCAUCAGCGAAGGUCUUGCUAUUGAUUAGUGUUUCUGUGACCUUUCGUCUGGCAUUGUAAAGCAUUAAACCUCAUUGAAAAAAAUAGAUCUUUUAAUUUUGCUGUCUGAGCCACUGCAGGGGUGAAAGCUGUUCCUGUCAUCCAUUUAAUUGUAGUAAGAGUCAAUGAGCUGGUCUCAUUGUUCUGAUCAAUCUCAGUCCAUUACAGCCUCAUCCAAUCAGCACUCGAAUGACUCUGAGUUGUCCUUCCUCCCUUCUUUGCUUUGUCCCACUUUCUCACUUUUCGUCCUUUCUUCCCUCUGUCCUUGUUUCCUGAUGAAAAUGCAAUCAGAGGAAUGCAUCUGAGGGGAUGAAACUCAAAUUUCUCUCUUUACAGUUUUUCAGGAGGAGGCAAAGAGAGCAGGGGAAGAAAUAAGGAAUUGAUGAGCUGAGGAAGUGCGUGAUCGAGUAAGUAAUGAGGGAAAUCGAGGAAGUGAUUAGUGACUGAAGCCCCUCCUGUCUAAGCUGUGACAUCCCCUUAAACAUGUGAUUGGUCCCUCUGGCGUGGUUGCAUUAUGACAUUAUCACCUCCUCACUGAUGUUUGUGCUAGUUAAUAUUCGUGUGCAUUGGAAAUUAUAGCCUGCUGUUUAACACUGAUCAUGUUGAUGUAUAUUUUUACAUCUCCUUUUAGAAAUCUGUGGUCUAUUUCUUGAGAUGAAAGAUGUUUUAAAAGAAUUGCUGUAUUAAAAAGAAUACGUCCUUUGUUUUGACUUUUGAUAUGCCGCUCAAAAGCUCUUAUUAUAGAAAUAUAAUGAAAGGUGUUUUACUGUUCUGUACUGUUCCACACACAUUUUGGUAUUCACAGGACACAUGAACUGUCUGCUUACUCAUUUUUAAGAAUAAAUAUUAUAAAGGAAA